CCGGGUUGAAUCGCAUGUCCAGAUCCCUUUGCCACGUGACGAUGCUGCGUGAUUCGGUCGUCGUGGCGGCAUGGACGUGCUUGGUGGCGGCGUACUACGCGUCCCCGUUCGUGCGAGGGCCGUGGGAGUUCAUCGGAGCCUGGGAUGACUCGAUCAAUUUCGUCGACAAUGCCUUGAUCCAGCACCCGCUGUCGUUGGCGUCGGUCGGGACCAUGUUCCAGACUGUCAAAAUCAACGUGUACGAGCCGCUCGCGUGGCUGCUCAAGGCGCUGGUACACUCUGCGUUCGGCAUGGACUCGUACGCAGUUCGCGUUGCAACGCUGGGCAUCCAUCUUGUGAACGCCACGGUGCUGUACGCGACGGCGGCGCGCCUGCUGCGAAUGCUCCACCGACCCGCUCCCCUCGGUUGUUUUCUUGGCACGCUCGUGUACGCUGUCCACCCAAUACACGUCGAAAUCGUUGGGUGGCCGUCCGCCCAGCCGUAUGCGCUCGCCAUGCUCUUUACACUGCUCUCGUUCUAUACCCACCUCGAGUCCGUCGACGCGACAAAGUCCCGACGCGUGUGGAGCAGCAUCCUGUCCGUAGGGUUGUACGUGUGCAGCGUGUUGAGCAAAAGCGCGGCGAUCCUGGCUCCCGUUGGAAUUGUCGCGAUGGACGUGGUGUUGGCCACAUCGCACGAGAAAGCGACCCACCCACCAUGGCGACACAAAGAUCUCGUGCGGCGGUGGGUGCGCUACGGAGCCUCCCAAGGCGGCUAUGUCCUUGCCAUGGCUGGCCUCGUCAGCGUGACGUGGCAUGCGAACGCAGACGGUGCCGCCGUCGACUCGGACAUCAUACACUUGACUCUGUCGGAGCGUGCCAUGAAGGUGGUGUUUGUCCUGAUGUGGCCCAUCCGCAUGUUUCUUUGGCCGACGUGUCUCCGCUUCCACUACCAGCUCCCGCCAUCGCUACACGUCCUCGACAACUCGCUCGGACUGCUCUCUGCUGCCGCCGUCGUCGCCAUCACCGUCGCAUGCCUUUCUCGAGCUCGUGCGGGGCGCUUGGACGGCCUGGCCGGUUGGAUGUUUUACAUUGCGAUGCUGCUGCCCGUGUCUGGUCUGGUCCAGCACGGCUUGAUCGUUUUAGCAGCCGAUCGAUACGCCUACUUUUCAACGAUCGUCGUUGUCGGCGCCAUCGCGGCGGUCUUCGAGUGCGUGCCGCGCUCCCAUCGCCGGUGUGCCGUCGGCGUUUGCUGCGUUGCGGCGCUGAGUCUCGCCCACGUGUCCGUCCUGCAGCUCGAGUCGUGGCGCACGUCCGAAUCGGUCUUCCAGCACGGACGAAAAGCCGAUCCGACCGACUGGCGCAUCCUGGACCGCUUGCACGAGCUGCUGCUCGAAACUCGUCCGACCGACGCCACACUAUACCUCCAACAAACGCUCGCGUACAGCCCUCGACGAGGACUGAAGGCGCAGCUUCACGUUGCCAAGUGCUACAUGCUGCUCGGUCAAACAAACGAUGCCUGUGCCAUUUACGCGGCCCUCUACGUCGACCACCCAACGUACGCCCAUGUGCUAAACAACAUGGGCGUGUGUGCAUGGAAGCACGGCCGGUUGCGCGCCGCCCGCGACUAUUUCGUCGAGGCAGCGACCCAUGGCACCGGGCUAACGCGGGGCGACACGUCGCCGCAAACAAACCUGGCUCUCGUCGACGAGUGGAAUCCGCGGACCCGCAUCGUCGCGCGCAUCAUGUGGUGAGAAUUCAUGGGCACCGGCCCACUUGUUUUUUUCAUCGCGUAUUCGAGGAACUACCCGGCGGCGCUAGUCGAGCGCGGCAAAGCACAGACUCGAGUUGGUGCCGCCAAACCCAAACGAGUUGGUCAGGACGGCACGGAUCGGCGCGACUUGGGCGACGAGGGGCACGUAAUUCAAAUCAAAUUCGGCGGUCGCAUGCGUCAAGUUGAGUGUCGGCGGCGCGAUGUUCUAGCCUCCACGGUCAUCUAUCGAAACAAACCAUGACGGCCAUGCAUGCUGACCUCGUGCAGCGCUUUGAGCGCAAAUAUGGCUUCGACGGCGCCUGCAGCCCCGAGCAAAUGGCCCACCGCCCCCUGCACCCCUUCGUCAGCACACCGUGCCGCAGCACGCACGUCGACCCGUACCUUGGUAGACGACACGCGGAGGUUGUACGCGUGCGCGCCUGUGCGUGUCAAGUUGGAUCGACG